AUGGGCCGACGGCAGCGUCUACGUCGGCUUCUGGACACGAGAAGGCCUGAGCGGCAUUGUCCAGCAGAAGGGCGUCUACCAGUACCACCCGUCUCCGGCGGCGUCGUCCCCGACAGCGCGCGACCCCCGCGAUGGCUUCACGAGGGAACUGCCGGGGUUCACGUCGGCGCCACCGAGUCCACGCCGCUGCAGAGGCCGCUCAACAGUUCGGGUAACCGGACGGCCAAUGUGCGGGCGAGCUCCGUGUCCGGGAUGAGCAAUUGCUCCAUCGGCGACCCGAAGUACGACAAGAUUUGCAUCUGGGAGUCGGACGACGACAUCACCUGCGACAUUGUGGACGGGGCCGCUCUGUUGGACGACGCGCGGAGGAGCGUGAGGACGGAGGACGGCGGGGAGAGCGCGGCGCUUCUGCCUCCGCCGUCCCAGGCGCCGCGCAUUGCCAAGUCAAGUGGGUGUCCCCGUCGCUGA